CCUCUAGUCUAAUUGCAGGUGCGCUCGAUUUUGCUGAUCUGACCUGGCCAUUGGGAGGACAGUGCACUUUAGGACUAAUAAAUGGGUCAUGCGGUGUGCCGGGAGAGCUAAAUCGGUGAGAAGCUACAGGUAGAUCGUACUUUUUCGACUGACGUCACUCCCAGGGAUGGGCUUGUCACGUGGUUAAAGUCUGCGCUAUCUUGUGGAAAACAACCUCUGAGCUUUAAGGGAAAAAACUGGGAGAAAAACUACUGGAGAUAACAAGCUAAUUUAGCAGGGGCAAAGGUGAUUCCUGGAUGUAUGUAUGAUCUGUAUGUCCAGACAAGGUUUGCACUCUGACCUGCAAGCCAAUGUAAGUCGUGCUGAGUGACUGCGUGUGAAAGAGGUAUUCCAACACAGGCUCAUCUCUUUCCCCAUGACCUCUGGAGGAGGUCCCUGCGGCCGCACUGAGCGUGUCCGUCAUGAACCCCAUUACGACCAGGUCCCGCCAGGCUCCCUACGCCGAAACGACCCCUUUGACCUUCAACCCCUGAGGUACCAGCGGAGCACCGAACUAUCCCUGAGCUCUGAUCCCCUUCCGCCCCCUCCCCUGCCCGACCAGCCCCCUGUGGGGCCCGAGUAUGACCCCAGCGUCAGUGAGGACAACCCAGACCCAGACCCUGACCCAGAUCCACACCUCGAACUAGACCCUGCCCUCGACAUCAAACCGGUCCACCGUUUCAUCCCUGACUCGUGGAAGAGCUUCUUCCGAGGGACCAGUCUCCGCAGCAGCAAGCCCUGCCCCAUGCCUGCCUCCUCCUCCUCCUCUAACAACAACAACAGCACCAGUGGCGGGGUGCGCUGCUCGCCCCCACACUCUCCCUCCCUGCCCAGAUCCUACCGGGACCCCUAUGGGGGGUCGGGGGGAAGCAGCUACAACUCCCGCAAGGAGCUCCUGGGAGUGGGUGACCACCAAGAGUCAAUUUCGGGACGCACACUCCACACGGCGCUCACCUACAGCGAGCGGGUGGAAGAGUACCACGAGCGCUACGGCUACAUGAAGUCCUGGGCGGGCCUGCUGAGGAUUCUGGGAUGUGUGGAGCUGCUGCUGGGUGCAGCGGUGUUCGCCUGCGUGUGCGCGUACGUGCACAAGGACAACGAGUGGUUCAACAUGUUUGGCUACUCCUCGCCUGGAAGUGCAUACGGAGGCUACGGAGGUGGGAUGUACGGAGCGGGCACCGGAGGGUCCUACUACUCGGGUCCCCAGACUCCGUUUGUGUUAGUUGUGGCGGGGCUGGCCUGGAUCGUGACUGUGAUAUUGUUGGUGAUAGGGAUGACUAUGUACUACCGCACCAUCCUACUGGAUUCCUCCUGGUGGCCCCUGACAGAGUUUACUAUAAACCUGGCCAUGGCCGUGCUCUACAUGGCUGCAGCUGUAGUCUACGUCAGGGACACCACGCGGGGCGGUCUCUGCUCCCUUCCCAUCUUCAACAAUGGCAUCAACGGGGCUUUUUGCCGCACCGAGGCCGGACAGACAGCCGCCAUCAUCUUUCUGUUCGUCACCAUGGUGAUCUACCUGAUCGGGGCCAUUGUGUGUCUGAAGUUGUGGCGGCACGAGCAGGCACGCAUGUACCGGGAAAAGUAUGGCCUGGAGAUGCAUACGACAGAUUUCCCUGCGGCGCGGUCUUUGAUGCCGGUUCCAGAGCCAAUUCAGGGUUCUACUGUGGUUCCCAUCCAGGCUGCGGUACCCAAGGCAGGGCCACCGAAGGUUCUACAGGGAGCUAUCCCUUCUGGUCACAUCCCCAAACCAGUCAUCAUGCCUGACUAUAUAGCUAAGUACCCAACCAUCCGUACGGUCGAUGAGCGGGACCAGUACCGGGCUGUGUUCAAUGACCAGUACUCUGAGUACAAGGAGCUCCACGCCGACGUGCAGACCACCACCAGGAAGUUUGACGAGCUGGACGCCAUGAUGCGUGCCUUACCCCAGCACCCCAACAGUCAGAUGGAGUAUGACCGCGUAAACAAAAUCCUUCAGGAGUACCAGAGGAAGAAAAAUGAUCCUACGUUCCAGGAGAAGAGGGAGCGCUGUGAAUACCUGAAGAACAAACUGGCCCACAUUAAACAGAAGAUCCACGAGUACGACAAGGUCAUGGAGUGGAACGAUGGCUACGGCUAAACCAGCAUGGCCUAUCUGUCUGGGGAGA